AUGCUUGUUUCAGAUACGCCAGCAUUUUACUAUCCCUUGGGAAUAUGUACAGCAUUCCCUCUAGCCCUAGAGAUGAUCCGGCAGACCAAAAUUCAGGCUGGACCUCUUACGAUCGCCCUGCUGCAUCGAUUAUUUCUAGGAUAUAGCUUUCUAUCCCCCGUGGUAAAGCUCGGUUUGGUCUUAUGCUCGGUCGCCUACAAGGCAUCGGUGAAAGAUACAGCUGUGGUCGUGCCAAUCGACUACAUGGUACUUGUGAUUGCCGGUCUGCUUUUUUGUCGCGGAAUUCGCGGUAUACCAUCUCAGGGGCCUGUAAUCCGUGAAGUUACAAUCCAUGCACUUCUUGUUCUCAUAACAGCAGGGUUUGCCGCAGGCGGACUCUUCCACGACUGGCCCUUUUCGAUCCAAGUAAUGUUGAUUAUCACUAUUGGUGCCUAUAUGGCUCGAAAUAUUUCCGUUCGGCCUGGGGAGCUGGGGAACACCGUGCCGUUACAUGGCUUCCCAGACAACACAUCCGAUAUUUUCUGA